AUGGAAGUGUUCAAGUCGACAAUUCCUGUCAAGAUGAUUGGUGCAGUCUCGGAACAGUCCAAGUUUGAAAAUGUUGGUUCCGAGGAUGUGGACACUUGGGAAGCAAAGCCACCUCGCCGAGGAGACCACUUCAGAGUCGCGUGUCCCGGGGGGUUGCGUCCCGCCUGCCCGGAGCGUCGGCUGUUGCAGGGGUCCCCCGGGAACCUGUCCCAGUUCGAGGACCUGCUGUUCUCCAGCGUGGACAUAGUGGAGUCCACCUGCGUCAUCGCCGUCAAGCUCGGCGGGGACGCCAAGGGAAGGGUGAGUGUUCAGUGA